UUUGGUGUCUUGAGAGUAAAACGGAUCAGGAGAUGGAAAACUGGAUCGUCUGCAGUGAUGCAGCAUCUCACCGAUCUGUGGUGAAGUUAUGAGCUGAAAACUUUGUGACUGGAAGAACGAGAUCCAAGAUCUGAGCAGAUGACCUGGAGGAGAUUCUUUCAUUCUCUGGGUGUUGAAAACAUUCUUCUGAAUCAAACUGCCUCUGAAACCUGAGACCUGAAGUGAACCAUCCUUCAGCUGAUCUUCUGAACGUCAGGAUUUUAGCAAACAGCUUCAAAACCCUGUUUCUGUGAGUAACGUUGUUUUUCUGCAGGAUCUUCCACAGAUUCAGCUGAAGGCUCUCUGUGUCUCUGGGGAAAGUUCUGCUCCGAUUCAAAGACAGUCUUUGUUGGGUUUAGAAGCAUUUCCAGUCAGAAUGGGUCAAAGGUCAAAGGAGUCCUCUGAUGAAAGUCGGGAACUGGAAGUUCAUCAAAAAUAGUGAGAUAAUGAGAAACAGUCCAGUCUGCAGACAGUUUCCUCCUCUUCCUCAGCUCUUCUUCUGUACAAUCAGGCCCUUCUCAUCGUCCUCCGUCCUCAUAAAGACUCUCUGUCUUUAUGAGGCGACAGAAACCAGACAAACACUCGGUUCUUCAUGCCAGCCUUCUUCUCAUGUGGCUGAUGUCGCUCUGACACCAAGCAGCUCAUCAGCAGCACAAACAUCUGCUGCUUCGAGUUUGGAUUUAGCUCUAAUUCAGCUUUAAUGAACUGCUAGCUGAACACCUGCAGCCUGGACAAACCCGUCCAAACAUCCUGUCCUGCUGAUAAAUGUGUGACCACCGUCCAGACCGACGCCGGUUGUCCCUCUGUUGUUCUGGUUCUGGACGGGUUUCAGCCCAGCCUUCAGGCGACACGACGUCUGACUGACCAGGCAUGUUGAGCUGCUCACUGUUUUCCUGCCGGAUCCAUUAAAGGUGAACGCCUCCAGACGCCUGAGGCGAACCAAGAUGGCGGCUGCAGAAUCUGUACGGGGAUCGGACUCGGCAGACCUGGGGAGCGACUCGGUACCACCGUGAAGAACCUCGACACUAAAACUCUUCUGGUUUGGUUAGAGCCCAGAUGGGAGCGGAUCCGUUAGAGCAGUAGCAGGAGCUGAAGUCGACCUGAAUGUUUGGUUCUGAUGGACCCAAACUGAAACCUACAGUGAGAGUCCAGCUGUUGGGUUGUGGCUCUGCGUUGUGUUCAACACGUUUGACGUCUUAAAAACUACCGUCGUGUAGUUUGGUGUUUCCCUCUGAGCCGCAGCGGUUCUGGUUUCUUCAUUCUGCACCAGAUGAACCCGGUCGUUCUGGUUCUGGUUCAGAUCCACCCUGAGCUGCUCUGACUGCAGACGCCACGUCCGCUGCUCCACUGCGGUGGAUUCCACAUCUGGAGUGUGAAAAUCACCGACUGCGUCCUGCUGCCAGAAAGCUCAGCCUGUCCUCACCCUGCAGCGUUCAUGGGGGACGGGACCGACCCAAUCGGGCUAGUCGGGCUGCAGCGGGUAAAGCCACUCCCGUUACCAAGGCAACGUGAACUCAGACGCGAUGUAGAGAGAACAUGAGCAGACCUCCAGCUCCCAUCGCUCCGGUUCACCAGAACCAGCAUAAAAACCUUCAGAUCAUUUGUGUCCAAGUCACUGAGAGUCUGUUCUGAUGAAACCGGGUCUCGGGUCCAGAGUAUCGGUACCGUUUGAUCUGCAGCCCGGUUUCAGAAGAGAGCAGCGCAGUGUGGGCGGUGAUGAUGUCACCUGUCAGCUUCCCGCUCUGCUUUGUGUUCAGAGACGUCAUGAAGAGACGCAGCCUUUUGACCUCUGACCCUGGACACAUGACCCAGGCUGUCCAGCAGAGAGGAUUUAAAGUAAGCAGCAGCUUCAUACAUUCAGGAUUAUGGAUUAUCUGUCUGCCGGAGAUGCUGCUCGGUUGUUCCUCCACAGAGCGACACGUUGACCCCGGCGACCCCAACGUGACGAGGGCAGAGGAGCCGUGAAACUGACCGAUUAAAAGAUUAGAGACCAACUCAUUUCCCCUGAUUUCACCCAGCAGACCAAACGGUCAGCUGACCUGCACAUGAAGCAGGUUUCACCUCCUUCCCUUCAGGUGGUCGGGACUUUACCUGUGGAACCGAUCCGAUCCGCCGACCUCAUCGCACUAAACAGACUGUAGAGUCAGUCAGAUAAACCAAGUUAAAGGGAGUUUAGCCCUGAAAAGAUUGUAAAAGGAGAAAUGAUUCACCAUGUUUUCCAUUUUCUAUCCGUCGAUACCAACCAGGAAUAAAUACCUUCAGACCUGAAUGUUUGGAAUCAUAAACUGCAUGUUUCCAAAUGAAGGACAGAUUGUUCUCUUGUGAAAUUUAUGGCUGCAUUGUUUUUGUUCCUUUACAGUUUUUAAAUAUUUGUGGGAGGAAAUAAGUUCUGAUGCGUGUUCUGUGGGUCUGUCAGACUGAAGGAGAUCCAGAUCCAGAGCUUCUAGAUGCGUCUCUGCUCUGGAUCCCAGGGUGGAAAACAUCCAGCUGCUCUCUUCAGUCUGGAGCUCCUACAGAAAUAUUUCCACUUCAUGACUGAGAAAACUUGACUUGGUCACAUGACCUGCAGCAGCCAAUCAGGUCUUUGGAUUUGCUGCAGACUUUAUUUUUAUUGAUCUGUUUCCGUUUUGCUGCUCCGACAGUUUCAGCCCGUCUGCAUGUCCUCCCCCAGGAUUUGUCUGGUUUUGUCCCGUUUUCGGAUCGUCCCUCCAGCCGGGGAGAGAGAGGAGUCUGCACCUCCUCAUUGGCUCACAGGCAGAGCAAAGUCCCUCCUUCCUGAGGAGGAGGAGGAGCAGUGAGGGCGGAGGGCCAGGCGUGCAGACGUGUUGCAACAGAUGGCCUGAGCAGCGGCGGCGGCGGCUGCACCGCUGAACUCUGGGACGGCGCUACACUGAGAGGAAGAGGAGGGAGGGAGGAAGGAGGUGUGGGAAAGUCCGAACUGAGGAAAACUUCCUCCUGCUGAGGAGCAGCAGGAAAAUAUGAGCAGAAGUUCUAGUGGAUCCGUAGAUGGGAGCAACAGUUACACAGUCUGAUCUUCAUCUUCCUCCUCCUGCCGGUCCGAUCAGAGAGGAAAACACCUGCUGAGACCCGGAGGAGGAGAGGAGAGGAGGAGAGGAGGAGGGACAGAGGAGCAGCAGCCUGCAGGAGAUCUGACCUCAGCUGCGAUUCAUCUGGAUCUGAGCAGGUUGACGGAUCAUCUGACCCUCUGAUCAGAACCGGGCCUCGCUGGCGGCCAUGGCGGCCCGGCUACUCCUCCCCUUCCUCUCCCUCUUCCUGUUCGUUUCCAUGGCGAUCGGAGACGCUCAGUUCCCGUCCGGACAGCGGAUGAAGCCGCGCAUCCAGAGAGACAGACGCAACAUCCGGCCGAACAUCAUCCUCAUCCUGACGGACGACCAGGACGUGGAGCUCGGAUCCAUGCAGGUCAUGAACAAAACGCGCCGCAUCAUGGAGGAGGGCGGGACCUUCUUCUCCAACGCCUUCGUGACCACGCCCAUGUGCUGCCCGUCGCGUUCGAGCAUGCUCACUGGGAAGUACGUCCACAACCACAACACCUACACCAACAACGAGAACUGCUCGUCGUUGUCGUGGCAACGCCAGCACGAACCGCGGACCUUCGGAGUCUACCUCAACAACACAGGAUACCGAACAGCUUUCUUCGGGAAGUACCUGAACGAGUACAACGGGUCGUACGUCCCGGCUGGGUGGAGGGAGUGGCUGGGCCUGGUGAAGAACAGCCGCUUCUACAACUACAGCCUGAGCCGCAACGGCGUCCGGGAGAAACACGGAGCGCAGUACCCUCAGGACUACCUGACCGACCUGAUCACAGCCGAGUCCAUCCGCUACUUCCGCUCCUCCAAGCGGAUCUACCCGCACCGGCCGGUCCUGAUGGUUCUGAGCCACGCCGCGCCGCACGGACCCGAAGACUCGGCGCCGCAGUACAGCAACGCCUUCGCCAACGCGUCACAGCACAUUACUCCCAGUUACAACUACGCCCCAAACCCAGACAAGCACUGGAUCAUGCGCUACACGGGCCCCAUGAAGCCCAUCCACAUGGAGUUCACCAACGUGCUGCAGAGGAAGCGGCUGCAGACGCUGCUGUCUGUGGACGACAGCGUGGAGCAGCUCUUCAACAUGCUGGUGGAGACGGCAGAGCUGGAGAACACCUACAUCAUCUACACGUCUGACCACGGCUACCACAUCGGGCAGUUCGGCCUAGUUAAAGGUAAAUCCAUGCCGUAUGAGUUUGACAUCAGAGUCCCGUUUUACAUCAGAGGACCGAACGUGGAGCAAGGCGGCAUAAACCCCCACAUGGUUCUGAACAUCGACCUGGCUCCCACCAUCCUGGACAUCGCGGGCCUGGACACGCCGCCGGACAUGGACGGGAAGUCCAUCCUGUCCCUGCUGGACACGGACAAACCCGCCAACAGGUUCCAGGUGAGCAGGAAGCCCAAGGUGUGGAGAGACUCCUUCCUGGUGGAGAGAGGGAAGCUGCUGCACCAGCAGGUGGAGGCGAAGGAGGUUUCUCAGGAGGAGAACUUCCUGCCCAAACACCAGCGAGUCAAAGACCUGUGUCAGAGAGCCGAGUACCAGACGCCCUGCCAGCAGACCGGACAGAAGUGGCAGUGUGUGGAGGACGCGUCGGGAAAACUGCGGCUCUUCAAGUGCAAGAAUGAAGGGGGCGGGGCCAAGAUCCUCCAGAGGGGCGUGGUCAGCCUCCAGCGUCCAAUCAGCAUCCAGUCUCAGCUAUACGCUCCCAACCUGGACGCCUGCAACUGCGACUUCAGCGACCUCCUGCCUGCGAACCUCCGGCCCUCCGUGAUGAAGUCGUUCAAGAACAAGUCCUUCUUCUCCAGGAAGAAGUUUAAAACCCUGAAAAGCUUCUCAAGGAACCGCUACAGCCGCUCGCUGUCCGAGCUGAACAGUUACCCUGGCAACCAGACUCUGGUGGGCGGAGCCAAUCAGAAUGAACCCGAGGACGAGUUCAGCGGGAUUGGAGGAGUUACCGAUGCACCGGCGUCAUCUAGCGCCGUCAGAGUGACUCACAGGUGCUCCAUCCUGUCCAACGCCUCGGUGAAGUGCGACACCAGAGUUUAUAAAUCUCUGCAGGCCUGGAAGGACCACAAGCUGCACAUCGACCACGAGAUUGAGACUCUGCAGACCAAGAUCAAGAACCUGAGAGAGGUCAGAGGUCACCUGAAGAAGUCCCGCCCCCUGGAGUGCGACUGCAACAAGUACCUGUACAAAGCCAAACUGAAGAAGAAGCUUCGCUUCAGAGGAGGAGUCCUUCAUCCCUUCAGCAGGAAGGGCGGGGCCUGGAAUAAGAAGAGCUGGCUUCAGAAGGAGCAGAAGAGGAGGAAGAAGAUGAGGAAGAUGAUCAAGAGGAUCAGGAACAAUGACACAUGUUCGAUGCCUGGACUCACCUGCUUCACACACGAUAACCAACACUGGCACACCGCCCCCUUCUGGACAUUGGGUCCGUUCUGCGCCUGCACCAGCGCCAACAACAACACCUACUGGUGCCUGAGGACCAUCAACGAGACGCACAACUUCCUGUUCUGUGAGUUCGCCACUGGAUUCCUGGAGUACUUCGACCUGAGCACCGACCCGUACCAGCUGAUAAACGCCGUCAGCUCGUUGGACCGGACGGUUCUGAACCAGCUGCACGUCCAGCUGAUGGAGCUCAGAGGCUGCAGGGGUCACAAGCAGUGCAAUCCCCGCACGCGCUCAGUAGAGCUGGCAGGAGGGCGGACUCAUGGCGGCUUUGGUGACUACAGGCUGUUUGAGAGGAGGAAGUGGCCGAAAGUGAAGAAGCCUUCAUCAUCCCGAACUCUAGGUCCAAUCUGGGACGGCUGGAAGGGUUAAGCUUCCUGAUUGGCUGACACCGGCUCCAGACUCCGCCCACCACCGCCGUCUGAAGCAGGAAGGCGUGGCCAUUGAGGUGACAUCACAGAUCGGCCGCCACGCCCCCGUGUCAGCGCUCAGCCAAUCACCUUCUGCUGCUGUUGUGACAUCACUGGGAGGAAACGCUGGACUCGCCUCUUCAUCACCUGCUCCUCCCUCCUCUUCCUCCUCUCUGUCGGGCUGCUGCUGUCGCUCCGAGGAGGAAGAGGAGUGAGGCUGAGGCAGGAGGCGCAGGAGCAGGAGGAGAACAGGAAAUGUGUUUGUAACGUUUAGAAAACAUUUUUCCCUGAGUUUUGCCUUCCAGGCCGUGUUGGAGGCUCCCAAAUUCCUCCCUAUUCUUGUCCGAUUUUGAAUUAAAUUUGAGAAAAUUUCUAGUUUUGAGAAUGAUGAGUCAGAAUCCUUCGUCCUCCUCUUCCUCCUCCUCCUCCUCCUCCUCCCAUUGGCCGCCUUCAUCUCGUGUUUGUAUUUAGUUUGUCUGCAAGGCGCUGAAGGACCGCUUCGUGUCUGACAUCACCACUAUUGUGGUCAUGUGACUUCCUCCUUUAACUUCACUGUUGGUUACCAUGGUGACCAACAGCAUUACUAACCAGGGGACGGACCACGGUUCCCAUGGCGUGCCACCGCCACGAGAAGACGGCGAGAACUUUUCUGAUUGGAGGAGUUCCUGACGUCUCGUGAGCCAAUCAGAGACAGGACUCUGUUUUUGUGUGUGUUUGAUUUUUAACCGUCCAAUCACCUUCCUCCUCUUCCUCCUCCAUUUUAUCCACUGAGCUGAAUCCAGAGGAAGGAAAAGCUCCAGGAAAACAUGACUGGAUUCAUACAGGAAGUUGAGACGUCAACUUCCUGUCUGCAGAGUUUUGCUAGUAUUCAUUCAUAAAGUAGUUUCUGUUCAGUAAUGUCAGAGAUGUGCUCUGUUGGGUGGGACAUGAUGGUUUCACUCUGACUUCCUACAUUUCCCACAAUGCCUUUAUGAAUUUGUUGAGUUGCUGUUAAACAUGUCAGCUUCCUCCUGCUAGCAGAGCUAGCAAGCUGAAGCUAUCAAAAUCAGAAAAUGCCGAGUCAUUGGUUGCUAUGGAGACCCCCUCCUACACAAGAGACGUGCAGGUGGAGAAAUUCAGCAAUAUUAUAAAUCAACAUGAUUAUGUUUUGGUUCUAAAGACUUUAUGAUGAAUAAAUGUGAUGUUUUCUGAUCCUGAACCUGCUGCAGGUGGAGAUGCUCAGAAUCUAUGGAAACCCAUUCAUACCACGAAACAGGAAGUCAUAUUAUUAUCCAUAAUGAUAAUAUUAUUGUUGUUACUACCAGAGCUUCUGUUAGUAAUACUGUUACCUAUGAGAAUAUUGCAGAUUAUUUUAUUUAAUGUUCUGCAUUAAUAAAGAAUGUGAGAGAAAAAUGAAAGUAAAAGGAAACAUUGAUGUCAAACAAUGUUUUUUAAUAAUUUUAUUCUUUUAUCCUUUGAACGUUUAUAACUCACCGUUUUAUUUUUGUACUAUGAAUAUUUUAAAAUCAGAGGAAGAACGGUCUUUAUCCUCAUAAUUCUGACUUUAAAACUUGUAUUCAUGACUUCCUGUUGGGUUUUCUUUCUUUAAUGGCAGGAAUGGGCUUCCAUAUAAAACUCUUCUUUCUGCAUUAAAAAUGUUUUUAUGAUUUGAGUAAAACGGAGGAUCUGCUGGAAGCAGGAUGAUUGAUUCUGUGUGACUCUGGACCUGUGAAGGUUCGGGUUGGGUUCAGUCCGGCUGACCCAGAGGUUGCUGGUUCUGAUCCUGGAGCUGUUGGUGACGUUUCCUCCUCUCCGGUGUGAAUCCAGUCCGUCUCGCUCUGAUCCUCCAGCCGCGGUUUUGUUUGAAUGUAAAAGUUUAGAUGUUUUUAUUUGUAAAGAUCGGGCCGGUUCUGACCGGACCGGACCGGCAGAAGGACAAAACUGCAGAGCACUUUGACUGAUGGACGAUUGUUUCAGCCCCCACGGACCUGUGGAAACACUGAGUUUAGUUUGUGAAUAAAGUGUUGAAAGCCAAA